CAGAUUUCUUCAGAUUUCGAAUUAUGAGCAGAGGUUCCAGUGCUAUAUCGUCAAAUGCCUCUACGAAACGAAACACAUAUUCAACCUUAGCUGGUGGUGAUUAUCUCAGCAAGGAGGAUGAAUACAGUCGAUUGAAUGCAGAAUUGGAAGCGCGCACUGCUUCUCUGUUGAAGGAUGCGGAGUCUGUGUUAAAACAUAAUGAGAAGUUGCUGGGAGAAGAUGGAGAUACAAGCGAAGAAGUUCAUAUGAGAUCCCGAGGCAUUGGAUUCUCAUUUGGAGAUGUCCGCUACGAAGAAGAAUCUUACGAGACAUCACAUGACACAAAGUAUGACUCGUCCAAUGCCUAUGCAGAAGACACGAAUGAAGAUCCGAAAUCGUUAGAAAUGUCACAUGAAGACUAUGGAAUGUCUCUUGAGGAACAACUGAGAUCAGGUGGUGGAAUGGGUGGGACUCAAGGGAUGCCAGGAAGUUCUGCAGGCACUGCAAGUGGUAGGAACAGUAGAGCAAUGACAGCCAUGGGAUCCAAUGGUAAUGUCCUUCAAAACAAGGGUCGACAAGGAGCGAAAAGUGCUUCCGCAGUAUCCAAGCCAAUUACUCCAAAGCGACCAGUCUCAGGAGUUGCCAGAACAAACAAGACCCAAAAUGUCAAAUCGAAAGCUGAUUUUGUAGCUACUCCUAGUCAAGUGGCAGCUGCAACAUUACAAAGCACGAUAGCCAGGAUAGAAAAAGAGAGUGAUAACACAGCAGGAGAAGCCGAUAACACCAAUGAGGCAGAUGACCUUGGAGUUGCGAGUGAGUUGGGAUCUGCAGCUGUGAACAGAUUCCUGAAGGCCAAACUAAGAGUGCUUCAGGAGGAGCUAGACCGGAUGUCGAGGGAGUUGAACAAAAAAGAGCAGGAGAAUCUGAAAAUGCAGCACAAGCUGAAGGAAGCAGAAGAAGAGCGUGGUAAACUGCAGAAGUCGACUAAUAACCAGCAGAGUCAGGUGGACAAGUUCAAGAGGACAGUGGACGAGUGGCGGAGGAAGAGCGAGUCGGCCGAGUCACAGUUGAUUCUACUCAAGAAGGAGUUGGAGGCAGUGAAGCGUGAGGCGAACAAGGCGGGGGGAGGUGCAGGGGGCAAGUCAGUGACAGAAGUGAGACUGAACAGAGCCCUGGAGGAAGUUGAGAAAUACAAGACACAAUUGGCAAAAGUUAACCAAAAUUCGAAAGAAACUUCAGACACAGAGCGAAAGAGAAUGGAACAGCUGAUAAACGAAAACAAGAAACUAGAGAAACAGAAGUCAGAACUGAUUGCGGGGUUCAAAAAACAACUCAAGUUGAUAGAUUUGCUGAAGAGGCAGCGAAUGCAUAUCGAGGCUGCAAAGUUGCUGCAUUUCACAGAAGAGGAGUUUAUGAAAGCGCUUGAUUUGGGCUCUUAAUUUUUAGAUCUAAACUUAGAUCGAAGUUUUAGCUGCUGCGACCUCUCGCUUUUAUUAGCAUAAGGUGGUUUUUGGUGUAUCAUAUGAAGAUAAAACCAGCUAAGCCUCAUCUGAUAAGUUAAGAGAGUACUACAAAGAAAAUUAAUUAUUUCAGGUACCUGAAAAAAAAACAAGACGGCAAGAGAACUUCAAAAAAUACUGAAAAGCCCAGUCUUAAUUAUUUACCCUAUUUAUAUUUCAAUUUACUUGAGGUUUUUGUUCAUAGUAGGUGUAUACGGGAUUCCAAAUCUCCAAAACCUACCACCUUCCGAAAAUUGCGAGAUACUUUUUAGUUAAAAAAGAGGCGGUGUCGCACCUAGUUAGUCGUUAAAACAGCUUUCUGUCGUUACUUUAAAUUAUUUGUAAUGAUGUGCCAAUUGUUUUAGUUAUUUGUAAAAUAGCUUGAAAGAAAGAAAAUAGUGUAAAAGUGUAAAUAAAGAGCUAGUGUUAAAUGUUUUGAUAUAUUUUUUAAGAUAAUAUAUUGAUUCAUGAUAAA